GCCGCGGCGCCUUAGCCUCCGCGCCGGCCGCCGCUCGCUGGCUUUCCGGCCAUGAGCCCGCCGGGGCCGGGGCCGGGGUCCGGGUCGGGGCCGGGGCGGGCGGGCGGCGGGCGCUGAGCGAUGUCGCGGGCGGCGGGCGGCGAGUGCCGCAAGGAGGCGGCGGGCUGGGAGGGCGAGGACGGGCAGUGCGACUCGGGCAUCGAGUCGCUGCGCUCGCUGCCGGGCGGGAGGGAGACCCCCGCUACCGCCACCGAGGUCUCCCCGGCCGCCGAGACCCUUGCCGAGACCGCCGCCGCCGAGGAGCGGCUCGACUCCAGCUACGGCUCCGGCGCCCUUCCCGAGUCUCUGCCCGGGCUGCCGGCCGCCUGCCGCCCCGAGGAGCCGCCGCCGCCCGAGGGGCUCAGCCGGCAGCAGCUGGAGGCGCUCACCUACCUUUCGGAGGACGGAGACACGUUGGUUCACCUGGCCAUUAUCCAUUGUGUCCCAGCUGUGGCACUCUGCUGCAUUGCUCAGCUGCCCAGGGAGGUGCUGGAGAUCCAAAAUGAUCUUUUCCAGACCCCACUCCACCUCGCUGUGUACCUGGAGCAGCCCAGCGUGAUCCAGGCACUGAUCCACAAGGGAGUCAAUCCCGGACUGCAGGACCGCAAUGGAAACACACCACUGCACCUGGCCUGUGAGCAGCAGCGCCUGCAGUGCGCCCAGGAGCUGCUGCGGGGCACAGCCCUGACAGGGGGCACAGCCCUGACAGGGGGCACAGCCCUGACAGAGGGCACAGCCCAGCCUCACGGGCACCACCAGGACCUGCAGCUCCAGAACUGGCAAGGCUUGGCCUGUCUCCACAUCAGCACCUUGAAGGGGAACAUCCCAAUGAUGUCUCUGCUGCUGGAGAGUGGUGCCAACAUCGAUGUUCGGGAGGGCACAAGCGGGAAGACCCCAUUGCACCUGGCCGUGGAGUGCCACAACCGCAGGGCUGUCCAGUUUCUGCUGCGCAAUGGGGCGUACGUGGAUGCCCAGAUGUACAACGGGUGCACCCCGCUCCAUCUGGCCGUGGGCCGCAAGGAUGCUGCCAUUGCUGCCAUCCUCUCACACUCUGGGGCUGACACCCUGCUGAGGAACAUGGAGAAUGAGACAGCUCAGGACUUGGCUGAUGGCAACGACGACCUCCUCGCCUUGCUGCCCUUCGAUGACCUGAAGAUCUCGGGGAAGCCUGUUGUGUGUUCUGAAUGAGUGGCUGGACUCCUUUGGCCCAUCAGGCUGCCUUCUUCCUCUGCGCUGUUGCUCUGCUACCUGCUGGGACCCUGCCUGCCUGCAGUUCAGUGGGAGCAGAGCCACUUUGGGAGACAUUAUCACCCCCUUCUCCCAUUGGAAAAGUUUUGUUAGCCUCAGACUGCCUUCUCAGAUGGAAGAAGGUGGCACUACGAACACUACAGAGGGGAGGCUUUUAUUAUGUACGCCCUGCAGCAGGACUGACUUUCCCUUCCCUGCUGUGGGUCUGAUUUGUGGGGGUCUUGGCUUACACAGCAAAGGAGCAGGAGAGGGCUCCUUUUCACACUGUACGGUGGAUGGAGCAUCCUCUGGCACCCCCAAAGAUGUCAGAGUAAGUGUGGGGUGAGGAGAGUUAACAUACACUCUAAUAAACAUUUGUUCUUGCUGCGGGCA